GGGUGAAGCGCCAAACUCUGUGUUGAUACGUACUUCUGGAACGGAAACUAAAGAUGGAAAACGAUACGAGCGAAGCGACGGAAGUCGUGUACGGCACGCACGAAGAUUCUGCAAUGGUGAUGUCAGAAAAGGUGCAAUCGCUAGCCGGAAGCAUUUAUCAAGAAUUUGAGCGUAUGAUUCAACGGUACGACGAAGACGUGGUCAAAACACUCAUGCCACUGCUGGUAAAUGUACUCGAAUGCCUCGACUCCGCUUAUCAGACGAACCAGGAGCAGGAUGUGGAGCUGGAGCUGUUGCGCGAAGACAACGAACAGUUGGUAACGCAGUACGAGCGUGAGAAAAAUGCGCGCAAGCAGUCCGAGCAGAAACUGCUGGAGACAGAGGAUCUGGCCGAGCAGGAGAACAAGGAACUCGCCAGCCGGCUCGAGUCGCUGGAGAGCAUAGUGAGGAUGCUAGAGUUAAAGCACAAGAAUAGCUUGGAUCACGCCAGUCGGCUGGAGGAGCGGGAAUCGGAACUGAAGAAGGAGUACAGCAAACUGCACGAACGGUACACGGAGCUGUUUAAGACUCACGUUGACUACAUGGAGCGAACGAAGCUGAUGAUGGGCAAUUCAACCCACUCGCAGGCUGGCUCGGCCUCGGAACGGCUUGAUAUGUCUCGUUCGCGUCUAAUGCCCAUGAUGCGCUCGACGGGCCCGGUGUCGUAUGGGUUCGCGUCACUCGAGAACUCCACCAUGCUCGAUACGGAAACACUUUGCAGCGAGGAGGACAGUGGACCCGACUCUGGCCCACCAUCGUUGCAGAACGAAAUCGACACGAAAGCUACCGUAAAACUAGAACCAGAAAAAGUGACAACGCCAGCGGAAGCCAGCAGCACACCUGUGAAGGUACUGCAAAGCCCUUCUGGCGGUGUGUCUGGCAAGACGACUACGAAAAAGGAGCAAAGGUCGGCGAACACGCUUUAUCAGGAGCUGUCGUUUCAGGAUGAUAACUUGGAGAGUGAAGAGAACGAAAUCACUGGUGCCUGGGUGCAUCCGGGCGACUAUGCGUCAUCAGCUAACGAUAACUUUUUCGGUAUGGGCAAGGAAGUGGAAAAUUUGAUAAUGGAAAACAACGAGCUGCUAGCUACGAAAAAUGCUCUCAAUAUCGUCAAGGACGAUUUAAUCGUCAAAGUGGAUGAGCUGACGGGUGAAAUUGAAAUCCUGCGAGAAGAACUGAACGCAGGCAUACUGGCGCGCAAUAAACUGAAGGUGAAGGUAUCCGAGCUGGAGGAGGAACUCAAGAAAACCAAGGCACAGGUCAAGCAAGCGUCGUCUUCGGCAACAGACCAGGAGGAGGAAGGUGACGUACCGAUGGCGCAGCGCAAACGGUUCACACGCGUCGAAAUGGCCCGUGUGCUGAUGGAGCGGAACCAGUACAAAGAGCGAUUCAUGGAGCUACAGGAUGCCGUUCGCUGGACGGAAAUGAUGCGUGCUUCCCGCGUCGAAACACUAGACAAGAAGUCAAAGCAAGGCAUUUGGAAGUUUUUUAGUAAUCUCUUCAGCUCCAACGACAGGCCAACGAGUGAGUCCCCCGGGCGUCUACACCAGCAGCACCGCUAUGGUGGCGUAGGUGCGCAAUCCGCGCAAUCGUCACUGCUGCCUGCCAUGCCCGAGGGACGCAUGAUCAUUGGGGCAGGCAGCGGCAGUGGCAGUGGACUGAGCGGUAACUCUGGUGCUCUACUUCGCUCCUCUGGCCAUGCGAGUAACAUUUUGGUGCUAUCGAAGGAACCGGAGCUGAGUCAGUCGGAGCGAGCCAUGCAACGACGCCGUGAUCAAUAUCGCCAAGUGCGUGCGCACGUCCAAAAAGAGGACGGCCGGUUGCAGGCAUACGGUUGGAGUUUACCUAGUCUGAAGCCAUCGUCAUCAGUAACUAGUGGCGUGAGUGGUGGUGGUAGUGGUGGUGGUGGCGGAACUGGACGGUCAACUGGCAGCGGUGUACCCGUCCCCGUCCCUGUCUACUGUCGGCCUCUGGCCGAAGCUAGUCCACACAUGAAAGUUUGGUGCGCCAGUGGUGUCAACAUGCAGGGUGGAUGCACCAAGGACGGUGGCUGUAUUGUAGGUGCAGCGAGCAUCUUUUACGCCAAAGACACGGCUGGUGGCGGUGGCGGUGCACAGAUUACCGAGUUGACCGGAGAUGAAGCCACGGCGACGACGGAUGCGAAGGAUUUGGGAGAGCUCUUGGAGCGCAAGCUGUUGGCGCUUGGAGCGCCGACCACGUUCGAUGCCGAUAGUGAACUAAGCUCGUACGUGUGGAUCUGCACUAGCACUCACUCUGCGAGCACCGUUACCGUAAUCGAUGCGAAAAACCCUUCGGAAGUGCUGGAUUCCUUUCCGGUUUGCCAGAAUCAUCUGCUUUGCAUCUGCACCGUGCGCGGUGCACUAGAGAUGGACUAUGCGAUGCUGGAAAACAGCGAAGUUACCAAAUCAGGUAAAAUGUUGGAGAAGCCAGGAGAAUCUCCGGACGAUAUCGGUAAGGUGUCCUACGAGAAAGUAGAACGACCAUCCAACCAUAGUGAUCAAGUAGCAACAACGGAAACAGCCGCCGAAGAACAUAAAGUUACCGAACAAGCACAGGAGGUAGUUCCAUCAGUGGAUAUGUCACUGGAGCAAGCAACCGAAGCAAGCAACGAUCGUGAUCUUAAUCAUAACAAUAAGGGAUGUAACGCGAUCGUAGAGGACGUCAACGUAGACAAGAACGACAUUGUUCUUCCGCUGGCGGUCGAUGGUAAUGACAACACAAUCGUCGCCGCUUCCCCCAAGCCUCAACAGUCGUCUGCAAUCGAGGAGUCAAUAUCAUCGAUCGGACCGACGAUGUGGCUCGGGGCACAGAAUGGCAUGUUGUACGUGCACAGUUCGGUUGCUCGGUGGAACGUUUGUUUACAUCGAGUAAAAUUGCCAGACUCGGUGCUCUCCAUCGUUCACGUGGAAUCACGCGUGAUAGUGGCCCUGGCGAAUGGAACGCUGGCCGUCUUCCGUCGACAAGUGAACGGUGAGUGGGAUCUGAACAGCUAUCAUCUGCUAACGCUGGGCUCGCCCAAGUACUCGGUGCGCUGUUUGACCAUUGUCGGUGAUAAGGUGUGGGCCGCUCAUCGGAAUAAAAUCCAUGUCAUCGAUCCCAUUACGCUGUGUAUCCUGAAGUCAUUCGAAGCGCACCCUCGAAAGGAGAGUCAGAUUCGUCAAAUGGCCACCACAGGGUUGGGUGUAUGGGUUUCUAUAAGACUGGAUUCUACUCUAAGGCUGUUUUCGGCUGAAACGUAUGAUCAUCUGGAGGAUAUAGACAUUGAUCCAUACGUAUCGAAGAUGUUAGGAACCGGCAAGUUAGGUUUUUCGUUUGUACGCAUUACGGCUCUGCUAGUUUCGUGUAACCGGCUGUGGAUAGGCACUGGCAACGGCGUAGUCAUCUCCGUUCCUUUAACCGAUGCUAGCGGGGCUUCCAACACACCAUACUCACCGCGGUUCGCAAAUGCUCAACUUUCUUUCCACGGGCACCGCGAUGCGGUGAAAUUCUUCGUAUCCGUACCGAUGAAUCCGCCGAACCAUGGGCUCCCUACAACGUCAAAGGAUAUGCUGGUUAUAUCUGGUGGCGAAGGUUAUAUUGACUUUCGGUUAGGCGACGGAGACAUGGAAGCCAGCGUUGAGCUGGAAGCUAACCAAACCAUUGAAACCCGAAACGAAAAGAGUUACAUCAUCGUGUGGAAGGUUAGCAACCGCUAAACUGGACAAUAUUUGAAGCAGCCCCGCUUGCCUGUCUAUUUCCGUCACACGCCACUACUACGACGAAUUCAUCCGCAUGCUGCCUGGCGACAACGCAAAGGACAGCGAAUCGUACUCUGUAUUUUAAGUACUUUUCACAACAAACGUACACGAUACACGAAAAACAAGAUAUAGUUGCUUACGCAAAGUACGCCGCACACAAAAUAACACAGCCAUGCAAAACAUAUACCUAGGGAUAGUAAAAAAGGGAACAUAGCAAAAAAAAGGACGGUUAGUCUAACUGUUUCCCGGGUUUAGGUUUUGUUUAGCGUGUUGCUUAGUGUCAGUGAUUUUUGUUUUUAACAUAGUGCAUUUGAAGCACACACCAAAACGGACACACCGUACUCUUGGCUGGAAUCGGGUUUGUCGCGAUAUGUCGAAAGCCUGUGUCUACAUCUUACCGUUGGAUUUAAGAACUACUUUACUGGUCAGUGUACGCUGCAAGUAAAGAAAAAUUCCGCUCCACGACAACCUCCUCAGACACCAUUACUACGCCACAGCACAAACAUCCUACAAGCAAAGACAAAUGAUUCCAAGUUACAAACCAACACCUGCCCGCCAAAGAAUAAGAUUAAUCAAAUUUUUAAUUUAGACCCUACCACGUUCGAAUGCGACACAAGUACACAAGUUACACUUAAACCAGUUACACUAUUAUGAUUAAUGUUGCGAAGAUUAAUUAAUACUAUAGCUAUCAAUCGAUUCAGGUCUGCAAUCAGCUUGCGACAUCGUCAGAAUUCACAUGGUAGUUAUUACACUAAAAUGCAGACACUAUUAACCUAAAAACAAACAAAAAUUAUGUUUAGGAGAAAAUUUUUAGUUUACGUAAACGUUUAAGUAGAAGUUCUCUUCUUUUGUAUAUAUUAUAUUUGGUAAAUUGUUUUCGUGGAAAUUUUAGUUAUUUUCUCGAUGUUGUUAAACAUUUGUUUUUACUUCAAUAACUCUUCCUUGUUGUUUUCUUGAAUCUUGUUCUUGGAUAGAAUUUGAAUUGUUCACAGUAACUUCGUGCUUUGAAACUUACGAUAAGACAUUUAUAACCAUCUUUUAAGCCAAUUAAAGCUGUGCUACUACAAUAGAAAGAUUUAAGCCGUGUAUUUGAAAGAUUUUAAAGUUCUUUAGAUUUUUAUUUCAUCCUUAGGAAGAAACAUACUAGGGUAUACUGUUUUAGUGGAGUGUUUUAUACCUUUAGGAAGCGAUUCUUUAACGUGAUUGUAAAUCUAGUUUUUACUUUGAUUCAAUAUUGUGAAACCUUUAGCGUACACACUACCAGGCGUGCAGACGCCAGAUACAAUGCAUACUGUAUAAAAUAGAAGCAGAAUUAUUUGCAAAAAAUCAAAUAUAAGUA